AUGGCGUGGCAGAAUCACUCCACAGUGAGUGAGUUCUUCCUCUCAGGCCUCACCAGCAAUCAUGCUGUAGAACUGGCCCUCUUCACCUUCUUUGUGGUCAUCUACGUGCUGAUUAUUUUGGGCAACAUCUUCAUCAUCUUCAUGAUUGCACAUGACCAGCAGCUACAUAGUCCCAUGUACUUCUUCCUCAGCAACCUCUCUGUCAUUGACGUCUGUCACUCCUCGGUGGUGAUGCCCAAGAUGCUGGCUGACUUCCUGGUGGACAAGAAGAGCAUCUCCUUUGCGGAGUGCAUGGCACAGAUGUUCUUCCUCCACCUCUUUGCCUGCACAGAGAUCUUUCUCCUCACCAUCAUGGCCUAUGAUCGCUACAUAGCAAUCUGCAACCCCAUGCGUUAUGGCACCAUCAUGAGCCAGAAGAUGUGCCUCCAGCUCACUGCAGCCAUGUGCAUGGGAGGGCUGAUACAUUCUGUGGCCCUCACUGCCCUGACCCUCAAUCUCCCGUACUGUGGUCCCAGUGCCAUUGACAACUUCUUUUGUGAUGUCCCCUUGGUCAUCAAGUUGGCCUGCGUGAACACCCAGGUCUUCGAAAUGCUCAUUGUCUCCAACUCAGGCCUCAUCUCUGUGGUCUGCUUCCUGGUGCUGGUGACUUCCUAUGUGGUCAUAUUGGUGUCACUAAGGAACCAUCUCUCAGAAGGGCAACACAAGGCAUUAUCUACCUGUGCUGCUCACCUGACAGUGGUGACACUUUUCCUAGGACACUGCAUUUUCAUCUAUCUCCGGCCAGCCAAGAGUUUAGCUGCAGACAAAGUUGUGUCAGUUUUCUUCACGGCCAUCACCCCUCUGAUGAACCCGAUUAUCUAUACCUUUCGGAACGAGGACAUGCAAAAUGCUCUGAGAAAGCUAUUCAGGUGA